GAGAUUCAGAAAGCUAAACAAAUUUCAGUCAGGGACCAACCUGAAUUUGGGUACCGUCUGUUUGUUUGCCGUCCAGCCAUCUCGUUGCCUUUAUUACGUUACAGCUAUGGAACGCGUUAACGGAGCCGUUUUGAUGGCCGUAGCGAUGCUGGCCACGUUUUGGGCAACCGGAGUGCAUGCGCAUUCUUACGGAGCUCCGUUGAGGGCCUGCCCAGAUAUGGGGGCCGUUCACAUUGCUUUUCCAUCAAAGGAUCCGGCGACUUGUCCGUUUGGCAUCACCUUCACCCAGACGGAAGUAAAGAAAGGUAGCAAGGUCAAUGUUACCCUGUCUGCCCACGUGGCCCAUGACGAUCCCCGAAAUAGGCUGUUCCAAGUUCCCGGCUAUUUCACAGGCUACCUUCUGAUGGCAUUCAAUGCAAAGGAUGAAAUGGCUGGACCUAUUGGCACUUUCUCAGGCUUCAAUCCCGUUCAUGGACAACACCUUAAUUGCUGGAACCGACCUAUGAGUGCACUAACGCACGUCAACGCAAAUUUCAAGUCAGUCAUUCACACGCAAUGGGUGCCUCCCGAAAACUUUGUCGGAACUGUCAUCUUCAGAGCUUCUUUUACGUCGAACAUAUUCAACAUUUGGGCUGCAGUACCAGCCCAUAGAAGCGUAACCAUAAUGGAUACGACGACUACCCCAAAAACUACCCCAGCGGCAACCCCAACGACUACCCCAAAGACUACCCCAAAGACUAACCCAGCGGUAACCCCAGCGGCAACCCCAACGACUACCCCAAAGACUACCCCAAAGACUAACCCAGCAGCAACCCCAGCGGCAACCCCAGCGACUACCCCAAAGACUACCCCAAAGACUAACCCAGCAGUAACCCCAGCGGCAACCCCAGCGGCAGCCCCAACGACUACCCCAAAGAGUAACCCAGCGGCAACCGCAACGACUACCCCAAAGACUACCCCAAUGACUACCAAAACGACAAUCCAUGCGCCUAAAACGCGGGCCGCAGGGGGACGCAUGAGCGGAAGUUGGAUGAUGGUCGCCUUUGCCAUCGCGUUGGCAGCCAUGCCCUUCCUGCCAACAAUGUAGAAUAUUUCUUUUUUGAAUUACUUGAAUGUGUGGCCCUUCUUUUAAUACACCUUCCUCUCCAUUUGUA